AUGCAGGACAGCCCCAGCAGCCACCAUCAAAAGGCGCUCAAGUCGGGCUUCCUCGCUGCAGAGGACGAGAAGGACCAGGCGCAGCAGGCGCUCCAGGGCGUCCCACUGCUUACUGCGUCCGCCAGCAUGAGUUCACGUGCAGCUGCGUCAGGAGGGUCACUUGCGCGGCGGCUGGGCGGCGGUGGGGCGGCCAUCGCGCCAACCACGCCCGUCAAAGUUGCAUCCGGGCAAGUGCCGCAGACACCCCCAAACAAACCUGCGCUCGCAGCACCAUUGCCGUUGCUCAGCGAGGACAGCUCACGAAAAAGGCCUCGACUCUCGGCCAUGGAUUCGGACGAUGACAGCGAACAAGACUCUGCAGACCGCUUCCAGCGCGAGACAAACCGUCGAAAUGCAACCGCGCUUGCCAAUCCGCUGGUCGACAAUGCAGAAACCCCGAGGCGUCGCGAGCAGCACCAACGGGAACAAGCCCCAGUGGAAGAGCUCCCGGACUCUCGCAUGCAGCAAGGCACGCGCAAAAUUGCUUCGCGUGCUGCCAAACAGGUCGCACAAAAGCAGUUGUCACAGAUGCAUUCACCCACCGGCGCUGUUCUUCAGCGGGUAAUUCCUCGUGGGCAGGCUCGCGGCUCGCCCAAACCGCCAACUGCUCAAUUGAGCUCGAAGGCUGCGUCGUCAGGAAAGCAAGCCACCGAAGCACCGUCAGCCGCAACCAGACAUGAUGAGUCCUCGUCAGAAAGCGAAGAUGAAGAAGCACUCUUCGACGAUGAAAACGAGGACGAGGAAGAAGAGGAAGACCUGCAGCGAUACUUCCACGAUCACAACAAGUCGGAUCUAACCUCCAACAAUACUCUGGCUCAUCUGAAAGGAGUCGACGAAGAGACCCUCGCAAGUGCCAUCAAGCGACUUCCCGAGCAGAUGGUCGAGGAGCGAAAUCUGCUCCGAGCUCAGCUCGCUCUUCAGUUCCCCCGUUGGAUGUUUGAACUUCAGAACAACUUUAACCUAUUGCUGUACGGCCUCGGAUCCAAGCGAAGGAUUAUGCGCGAUUUCGCUUCGGCCAUCCUACCCGAUGCCUGUCAGCUUUUUGUCAACGGAUACUUUCCUGGUCUCACCAUUCGACAUAUUUUAGCACAGCUCACCGAAGGUGUACUCAACUGUUACGACACCUUCCGCACACCGUUUGAGCAGUGUGAUUACAUCCGUCGAACGUUCGCGCUUGCCGAAUCCGACACGACCAUCCCGCGACACGUGUAUCUCUUUAUCAACAACAUCGAGGGGCCGGGCCUCCGCAACGAAAAGGCGCAAGCCAUUCUUGCGUCGCUGGCCUCGUUGCCUCAAUUCCAUCUUAUUGCAUCCAUUGAUCAUGUCAAUGCGCCUUUGAUCUGGGACAAUGAAAAAGUCGGACGCUUUUCUUGGAUCUGGCACGACGCCACGACUUAUGAUCCGUACCAACACGAGACGUCCUACGAGCACUCGCUUGCCGGUCUGCUCUCAGCCACCGGCUCCACAGGCGUGGGUCACACGAACGUUCGCGGAGUCAUGCACGUGCUCAAGAGUCUCACGCCGAACGCGCGCAGCAUUUUCAAGCUUCUUUUGACCUAUCAACUCGAUGAAGGCGAGGAAGCGGAAGUCUUACUCGAUUGCGUUGCGGUCGUGUUCCCAGGUUUCCCAUUCCAUGCGUUCUACAAGCUGUGUCGUGAACGAUUUUUGGUAAACAGCGAUCUAACCCUCAGAACACAGUUGACCGAAUUCCGAGAUCACGAAAUGAUUCGGUCGCGCAAGGGAACGGAUGGCUUGGAGUAUCUGUCGGUGCCAAUGAGUACCACAUUGAUGAAAAAUGUACUCGAAGCAAUCAACACUACCAAAUGA